AAGCAAGUUCAUUCACAAGCAUUGAGCUUUAAUGGCUUCCCAAAUAUCUCCACUCUUCUUUCAAUUCAUUUUCAUUUCCUUCUUUGCCUUUGCUACUACUACUCUAGCUACAGUCCCUGCAAACCAAACCUUCAGAUUCGUCAACCAAGGGGAGUUCGGUGAGUAUAUUAUCGAAUACGACGCUAGCUAUCGAAUAAUCCGGAACGAUGUUUACACAUUUUUCAACUAUCCUUUUCGCCUUUGCUUCUAUAAUACCACUCCCGAUGCUCACAUUUUCGCCAUUCGAGCCGGCCUUCCCAGAGACGAAGACCUCAUGAGGUGGGUAUGGGACGCAAACCGCAACGAUCCGGUUCGCGAAAAUGCCACCCUUACCUUCGGUGAGGAUGGGAACUUUGUGCUGGCGGACGUGGAUGGUCGUGUCGUUUGGCAAACCAACACGGCUAACAAAGGCGUCACGGGGAUUACGUUACUACCAAAUGGUAACUUGGUAUUGUAUGAUAAAAAUGGGAAAUUCGUUUGGCAAAGUUUUGAUCACCCCACCGAUACUUUGUUGGUGGGUCAAUCUGUUCGAAUCAAUGGUCAAAACAAGCUCGUUAGCCGAACAUCAGACGUAGACGGUUCAGAUGGGCCGUAUAGUAUUGUACUAGACCGUAAAGGGUUCAUUAUGUACCUAAAUAACUCCGGUCAGCAACUUAUAUACGGUGGUUGGCCAAUAGAAAACUUUGGAGACAUUGUGACAUUUGACGCGGUGCCGGAAAAUGAAAAUGCAACAGCUUACGAGUUAGUAUUGAUACAUGAGCAAGCUAAUUCGAGCACUACUUCUACGGCGGGUAACGGCCGACGACUUCUCCAAGUUCGUCCAAUCGGCGGAGGCAACCGAUACAACCUUAAUAAACUGAACUACAAUGCCACAAUCUCUUUCUUAAGGCUUGGAUCUGAUGGAAACCUCAAGGCUUUCACUUAUUAUGACCAAGUGAGUUACCUAAAAUGGGAUGAGAGCUUUGCUUUCUUCUCAAGUUACUUUGUGAGGGAAUGCGCUUUGCCAUCGAAAUGCGGUGCUUUCGGAUUAUGUGACAAGAGAAUGUGCAUUGCUUGUCCAAGUCCGAAAGGGCUGUUGGGGUGGAGCGAAAGCUGUAAACCGCCGAACCCGGUACCUUGUCAGAACGGAGCUAAGGUCAAUUACUACAAAGUUGUUGGGGUGGAACAUUUUUUAAACACGUAUUUGGAGGACGGCGAAGGUCCGAUGAAAGUGGAACAAUGCCGGGACAAAUGUACCAAAGAUUGUAAAUGUGUGGGGUUCAUUUACAAGGAGGAUACAUCAAAGUGUUUGACAGCUCCUGUUCUUGGGACUUUGAUCAAAGAUGUUAAUGCUACAUCCGUGGGAUAUAUUAAGUACUCUAAGUAGAUUUAGCUCUU